AUGAGCGAAGUUUGCAGCGAUCACGAGAUGGCUCUUCCGCCGCCGAAGGAAAUGGUGGAGAGUGUCUUAUAUGCCGUCGACCAGAUGCGGCACCAACAGAACGCCUGGAAUGAAGAGAUGCAUCGUUUUUUUGCCACCGAAGCUCGGCAGCAGGAGGAGAGCGAUCGCCUGACGAGACAGGUUCAGGAUGCGGAGGCCACUUCACUGGGCGAUGCAUCUUUUGCCGGCUGGGUUGCACGCCGCGCCGAGAUGGAACUUGGAGAAGAUAUGAUUAAAAGGUGGUAUCACAUCAAUGGUUUACUGGCGAAAACCCCCUUCGUGGCUAUUGUGCCCUGCCCACGGUGUCUGUCAACGUCGGGGAGGGUAGAAUUGGCGAGUGCCGUUGACGCGCUCGAGCUUGAACGCUCUUUCAUUCAGACAGUCCCGUUACAUCUCCCGCUGUCAAAGAUUGCACCUACAUUUAUACCCUCAUCCUUUCACCUUCCCCGGACCAGAAAUGUCUCGAAAUCGAGUCUUGGCAACCUGCAGUAUGUUGGUGUGCCUUGCACUUACGGGAAAGAUUUCUUGAACCUUCUUUCCGAGUGUUCAUUGCUUGCCGCAGCCAUUGAUCGCACACCAUGUCUUUUAUUGAAUGACUAUAUUCCUCGUGCCGCAUUGUGUAUUCAUUCUGUGACAGUAGGCGGUAUAUGCGUGGCAGCAGAGGUGGCUUGUGAUGUCCGUUUCGCCACCAAAAUAGGCCUCGAUCUUCCCAUACACGAGCAAGAAAAGAAUGGGAAAGACAUUGAUGUGUUGUCACGGGCAUUGAAGAAGUUUCUGGAAGAUGAAAUUGCCCCUUUUCUUGCAAACCGCUCUUUUCGUGCGUUUCUUCUCGCUGAAUCCGUUUCUGGACGCGAGAGGGAUCUUUGGUCGGAUCAACACCCCCUCUUGGAGACUGACUUGCGUUUUCGACUGUUGAAUAUCGAUACGCUGGAUGGGUGUGAGUUUGAAUGCUUCACUCAACAGAAUAUCCUUGACAUUGUUCAGCGUAUGACGCAAUGCCAUGAUGAGAACGGUCGCUUUUACCCCGUCUUACGGUUCCUCGAGCCUCCUGUCACGAGUCACGGGUCUGAGAACACAGACCCAAAGUAA